AUGAUCACAGAAUUUGAACUGGUGGGGUUUCCGGGUCUCCUGGACUACAACUUAGUUCUCUUUGUUGGAUUCCUUCUUCUGCUGUUAAUCACACUAAUGGCUAAUCUCCUCAUCCUCUUUCUGGUUUCGCUGGACCACCGUCUUCACACACCCAUGUACUUUUUUCUCUGUAAUUUAUCCCUACUAGACCUACUGGUGGCAACAUCAAUUCUUCCGAAACUUCUGGCAGUUCUUUCUGGAUAUGCCAAAAACAUUUCAUUUGCUGGUUGCUUUGCACAAAUGUAUUCCUUAGUGUCAUUUGGGACUACAGAAAACUGUUUGGUGGCAGCGAUGGCGUAUGACCGGUACAUUGCUGUUGUUAAGCCAUUACAUUAUAAUGUGAUUAUAAAUUUCAGAAAAUGCAUGAUGAUAAUGGCGAUAGUGUGGAUACUGGGAUUUCUUAUCCCACUUGGGUUUCUAAUUUUAGUCGUUCAACUGCCUUUCUGUGGUUCAAAUAAAGUCAUGCACUGUUUCUGUGACUAUCCAACUGUUCUUUCCCUGGCUUGUGCUGACAUUAGUGCCCAUGCCAAUUCAGCAUUUGGCGCUGCUAUGAUUUCAAAUUAUGUACCUUUACUUUUUGUACUGUGGACAUAUGUCAGAAUUGUAAUUUCUGUGUUAAAACUUAAAACAACAGAGAGUCUAGCAAAGGCCUUUUCAAUGUGCUCUUCACAUAUCACUGUGGUGCUCAUGUAUUAUGUGUCUGCCUUUGUUGAUUAUGCAGCAUUAAAAAUUGAAGGACUUUCGUAUGACACAAGAAUUUUUAUUGCAGGCUUGAAUUGCUUUUUAAUGCCGAUGGUAAACCCUAUGAUUUAUAGCUUAAGAAACAAAAAGAUGAAGGCUGCUGCAAGAAAAUUCAUUAGCCUCAAUUUCUUUUUUCCAAAAAAUGUAAAAAAUUCCAUUAAUGCUACUGACAAGGUUUUAUCAAAAAAUGGCUUAACAUCUUCUUCAUGA